CUUUUUUAGUUCAAGACUUGUUGACAAGUUAUCUCGGUUUCCAAUACAUUUCCUCGUACCCGCUUAGAAUCGACAGAUGAUUUCUGGACCCGUUUCAAAAUUCGGGUCCAUCUUAUCCCGAUUUCUUACUUCCCAAAUCGUUCCCGCAAAACACCGGAAGUCACAGUUCCAACCUCGCGUACACACCACCGCACCGAAUUACUUGUCUACGGUUGUCCGUGGCGGAGCUAGCUUCUCAAUAAUGGCAAGCGGCGGCGAUGAUGAUUCAAAAAUUGUUCAGUUCCAGCUCACUCCUUCAACUUUACUCAAGAUUCUUAAGGGUGACAUCACUAAGUGGUCCGUCGAUGGAUCUUCCGACGCCAUCGUAAAUCCUGCAAAUGAGCAAAUGCUUGGGGGUUAUGGAGCUGAUGGAGCCAUACAUAAAGCUGCUGGUCCUGAACUAAGAGAAGCAUGCUUUAAAGUCCCAGAAGUUAGUCGAACUAUUCGUUGCCCCACUGGCGAAGCUAGAAUUACACCAGGAUUUAAAUUACCGGCUUCUCACGUGAUUCAUACUGUGGGACCCAUACAUUUUAAACACCCUGAUCCUAAAACUGCAUUGGAAAAUUCAUAUAGGAACUGCUUACGUGUUGCUAAAGAAAAUGGCAUCCAGUAUAUUGCCUUUACAGCUAUAUCAUGUGGUGUCUAUGGGUAUCCGUUUGAUGAGGCUGCAAAUGUGGCUGUAACUACCGUUAAAGAGCAUGGAGGUGGUCUCAAAGAGGUUCACUUUGUUUUGUUCUCAGAUGAAAUCUAUGAUGCUUGGUUGAAGGCGGCAGAUGAGCUUCGUCAGAACUGACAUUUUCAGUUGUUCUCUCUAGAACCACUUGGAUUGGGUUCCGGAUAUGUGAACCUGAAGAAGGGUUGAGUUGUCACUGUCAGACAUCAGGAAGAUAGGUUUAAGUGUUGAACUUCAUAUCAGUUUUAGUUUGAAGUUGCUUAUCAAAAAACUGCUAUCAUACUUGUAUAUGAUUCCUAGUAUGGAUCCAUUUUAAGGGUUCAUUUUAUAAAGUUUCAUGCUUUUCUGUUUUAGGAUCUUUUUUCCGUCAAUAAAUGAAUUAAACUUUGUAGGUCUACUUUGAUUAAUGUCCUUGCACUCCGUGUGAUUUAUCAUUUAUCCAAGAAAGGCCUUAAGCCCUUAAUUAGGCAUUGUCUAGAGAGACUCUUUUUCUGCAAGUUUAUCUAUCAAGUUUUAUUUGGGCCUCAUCCCUC